AAUAUUCGACGUGUUCGCGUGCGAGCGGGUCGGAUAAUAAUCGCCUGAGCGAGGACGUGGAUCGGUUAUAACCUCACCUCUCUGGUUGUCGCUCAAACACUCAACUCGAAAAGUCUUAUACUAUAGUCGCGAUGGAGGGUCAGGGUGAAAACGACGAGCUCUACCCUAUCGCCGUCCUUAUCGACGAGCUGAAGCACGACGAUGUCCUCCUCCGUCUCAAUGCUAUUCACCGCCUCUCCACCAUUGCCUUGGCUCUAGGGCCCGAGAGAACCCGGGAAGAGCUGAUCCCAUUCCUCGAUGACUCUGUCGAGGAUGAAGAUGAGGUCUUGACCGCGUUGAGCGAGGAGCUUGGAAACUUCACAGAAUAUGUUGGUGGCCCAGAGUACGGGCAUGUACUUCUCUCCCCCCUCGAGAAUUUGGCCGCUAUCGAAGAACCUCUGGUCAGAGAAAAGGCCGUAGAAUCUCUUAACAAGAUCGGAGAGCAGCUGUCCGAGAAACAGAUCGAAGAAUAUUUCAUUCCGAUGGUUUUGCGCCUUUCGAAAGCCGACUGGUUCACCUCGAAAGUUUCCGCGACUGGGCUCUACUGUGUCCCAUAUAGGAAGGCUUCGCCCACACUACAGCAAACCCUCCGUCAAUACUAUGGAAGCCUCGUGCAUGACGACACACCGAUGGUGAGAAGACAAUCAGGAAACAACCUCGCCAAGUUCAUCAAGGAACUGAACACCCAAGUUGUCAUCGAGGAAAUAAUACCCUUGUUUCAGCAUCUCGCCACCGAUGAACAGGAUAGCGUGCGGUUGCUUACUGUGGAUGUGCUUAUCUCGAUUGCGGAGGAAAUCCCCAAGGAGCAGCAGCCCAGCCAUGGUGUUCUUCUGACUUCAUUGAGGAAUCUAUUCGAGGACAAGAGCUGGAGAGUCAGAUACAUGGUUGCCGACCGUUACGAAAAGAUCGCUAAAGCCGUCCACGAGGAAGUUGUCACUCGUGACAUGGUUCCUUCGUUUGUUAAGCUUCUGAAAGACACGGAAGCUGAAGUCCGCACCGCUAUUGCUGGCCAGAUCCCAGGCUUCUGCAGCCUGAUCGACCGUGAUACAUUGCUUAAUGAGAUCAUGACGAGUGUUGAAGAUCUUGUGUCGGAUCCCUCUCAACACGUCCGCGCAGCACUGGGAACUCAAAUCAGUGGCCUUGCACCUAUACUUGGCAAGGAGGAGACUACUGCCCAUCUCCUUCCGAUGUUCUUGCAGAUGCUCAAGGAUGAAUUCCCGGAUGUUCGUUUGCACAUCAUCUCCAAGCUGGAGUUGGUUAACAAAGUCAUUGGCAUUGACCUCCUGUCCCAGUCUUUGCUGCCGGCUAUUGUACAGUUGGCCGAAGACAAGCAAUGGCGUGUCCGACUGGCCAUCAUCGAAUAUAUUCCUCUGCUUGCCAGCCAGUUGGGCGUCAAGUUCUUCGAUGAGCAGCUGAGCGAUCUUUGCAUGGGCUGGCUCGGCGAUACAGUCUUUUCCAUCCGUGAGGCUGCCACAACGAACUUGAGGAAGCUCACAGAGGUCUUCGGCGUUGAUUGGGCUAAGGGAUCCAUAAUUCCCAAAGUCAUGGCCAUGGGCCAGCACCCCAACUACCUCUACCGGAUGACCACGUGCUUCGCUAUUUCCACUCUUGCCCCAGUUGUAUCGAUGGAUAUUAUUGAGAACUCAAUUCUCCCCAUCUUGGACAGACUUGUGUCGGACGAGAUCCCGAACAUCCGUUUCAACGUUGCCAAGUCCUACGCUGUAUUGAUCCAUACCCUGCGACGCCUGCCGGCGGAAGGAACUUUGACAGAGCUUGAAAAAGUAGGACAAACUGCCACCCCGUCGCCGCGGGGUCAGGAACUCAUCCAACAGAGAAUUCUCCCUAGCCUGGAGAAGCUGCAAGGCGAUGAUGAUGUCGAUGUGCGGUAUUUUGCGACCACUGCCGCUGGCGGCCACGAGGAAGUUAUGCAGACUUCACCGUAGGCUUAGCACCAUGAGCGCGUGAGUGGGCACUAAUAUCACGGCAC